AGGCGCCCUAGGCCUUCCUGCUGCGGUGUCGACACGGGCCCCGUGUGGGUGAAAGAGACUGCCUUGACCCUGUGGUGCCUCCGCAGCCAGCGAGAAGAAAACGCAUUUUUCCACAUCUACUUGAUCCAGUGACUUCUGUUACCAGCGACAUGGCAGUGCCAGGUUGCAACAAGGAUAAUGUCAGAGCUGGCUGUAAAAAAUGUGGCUACCCUGGUCAUCUAACCUUUGAAUGCCGCAAUUUUCUUCGAGUAGACCCCAAACGGGACAUAGUGCUCGAUGUCAGCAGUACAAGCAGUGAAGACAGUGAUGAAGAGAAUGAAGAACUAAAUAAAUUGCAGGCAUUACAAGAGAAAAGAAUAAAUGAAGAAGAAGAAAAGAAAAAAGAGAAAAGCAAAGAGAAAAUCAAAUUGAAGAAAAAGAGGAAAAGGUCUUAUUCCAGUUCCACUGAAGAGGACUCUUCAAAACAAAAGAAACAAAAAUGUCAGAAGAAGGAAAAGAAAAAAGAAAAAAAGAACAAAUCAAAAAAAGGGAAACAUCACAAAAAGGAAAAAAAGAAGAGAAAAAAGGAAAAGCAUUCUUCUGCCCCUAAUCGUUCUGAAUUCAGUAAAAAGUAACUGAAACUGUGACCUAAGUCGUGAAAUUUAAAAAUUCAUUUGCUCUUCCUUGGAAAGUAUUGUAUAAUUAUGCUUUGCAGUAAAUCCCCUGCUUUUCCGUAUGUAUAUUUUUCAUAUGUAGAACCAUCAUCUCUCUGGCUUUAUGUCAGUCUUGUUACUUAAUAGCCAUACUUCAGGACAUAGAUAUUUGUACAUACAAAACAUAUUUUUAGUACUUGUGUCUCUGCAUGUUGUCUUAUUUUUUGUAAGCUGAUUGUGAAAUGGCUUCCCUGCUCUAAUCUAGCAGUUAAAAGCUGCUGAAUCACGUGUCCGCCUGCCAGUGAGGAAGCUAGCUAGGAGGUAAUGAUGUGCUCUUGAUAGUGAAAUUUUUAAGAGCUUUAUGUACUGUGAUGUAAUGUAGAAAGAUAGUGAAAUUCUUAAAUCUCUAGGAUUUUGUUUUUUAACUAUCAUAGGAGACAAGGCUUUACUGGGUUUGAGUAAUACUUUUUAAAUGAAUGGUAACUGCAGGAAGAUAGGGCAUUUAUAAUAAGUUUAAUUGUUUUACACAAUGCCAAGUUUCUAGUACCUGCCUCCUUUGUUUUUUGUAACAAUUGAAGCAUUUCUUCCUGAGAUUAGUUCAUCCUGUUAGAAAGUAGCAAUGUGGGUCAGGAUUUUUAGAAUGGACUCCUGAAUUGUGUGACAAAUGUGCCAUAUUGGCGUCUUACAGUGAUACCUCAAGCACAGAAAUUUUGUUUAGGAAGACAGGAAAAUCUUUAUUAGAAAUUAUUUUUACUGUAUUUAGUAUGUAAAUUUUAUGAGGCUUUGUUAGUAAAUAGUGUGGAGAUAUUUUAUAAAUGUUAUUAGCACAUAUACUUCUUUGGUCUGAAAUGGUUUUUAAUUCUGAAGGAAGUUUCAUACUGAACUCCUGAUUUCAUAAAUAACCAAGUUGAAGCGUUGCCUCUUUUUCACUUCUGUCACAGAUCUCAGUAGCAAGGGCAAAAAAAAAUUCAGAAUUUUAUUGUCCUUUUCAAAAUUUAAGAGCCAGGGAGUUGUAUCAUGAAAGCCUUUAUAUAAUAAUUUUAUAUAUAAAUGUGCAUUUCCAAACACUUGUUAGCAGAUAUAGAUGUUUACCUUUUUCAUUUCAUUGUGAUAGUAUUAAUUAGUUUAACAUCUUAGUAUCCUUGAUGCCCAGUAAGUUUGAUACAUAUUGUGCUGUAGCAGCAUUGAAUGUCAACCUGUUAUCAUGACAUAGCACCAACGAUGACAAGUACCCACUGUGGUGCACUUGUAAACUUCCAAAUUGGUAACUUGCAAAUAUGGCUACAGUUAAAUUCAUGGUGGUGAAAUCAGAUAAGUACACUUGGCCUGCCUGGCUUGUAGGUUUCCUGAUCCUCCUUCCCCCUGGAACCCUGCUGGCAUGCCCUGAGUAAGACAGAGGAGUCUCACUCAACUCCUCUUAAUAUACACAUCCUUGGGAGUCUGAACCUACAUUCUGUCCUCACAUUGCAGCCAUGCUUCUUGCUUUCCAGUCACCUAAUUUACUGAUUUGGUUCCUCAAAAAUGAAUUCUUCUGUUUCGGGUUUAAUCAUUUGCUAGGAGAGAAACAUAAACCAAUUAUAUUUGAUUAAACCUUUGCUAAUUUUAUGAAAAUACAGUUCUUUUGUUCAAGAUUUACAUAAAUAAGUAAAUAUAAAUAAGGAGAGCUUUUUUCCACAAUGAUUAUAGCAUGUUUUAAGAGAUGACCUCUAUCCCCCUGGUUGUGAGAUGAUUUACAUUGUCAGAUGGUUAGUGAUAGUAGUUACAGUGAAAAUUUCAUGAAAUUAGUUCAUAAAUUUUACUUUUAGUAAUUGUAAAGAUUAUAAAUUGUCUCAUUAUGUUUUUUCCUGAAUGGUAAUACAGUGAUUCCAAAUACUUAUCUAAAAGUAAGCCCUUUUAACUAAUAUAGUACAGAAAAGUUCUAAUGGAUCAGUAAGUUUUCUCCCCAAAAUAAUAGAAUUAUUCCCUGGUAGAUUUCCUGUAAUAUCAGCAAGGUUUAUGAAAAAUCUCAUCUGAAUAAGCCAUUUAUUUUUACUAAAUAAGAUGAUGUAAGUGGGAUUGGAUGCAAGUCUCACUAAUACAGGAAGAGUUUUAACAUUUCUUCCUAGGCAGUAUGUAACAGGAAAAACUAAAUUUAAGGGUAAUAAUCUAGAUGUCCUGGCCAUUUUAACUGCUUGUAUAACCCUCAACAAAGUGAUUGAAUUUUCCUAGACCUUCUUUACCUUGAAAAUAUUGUACUUAUCUCAAGAUCAUGUCUAGUCUCUAAUGUAUGUAGUCAUUGAUAUUUUUAUAAAAUCUAAAUAGUAUUCAUUUUAGAAGUUACAGUUAGUAUUCUAUAGUAGUAAAGUUUAAUUUUAUUUUUAGAAGUUGCUAAAUCCAUUGAGUUCUUUAAGCGGACAAUGAUAUUUGGUUUAGUUUUUUAACACCCAGUUUAUGUCAUUUUUCAUGAGACAGAAUAUAUUUAGAUUUCCAUAAGCAAACUAAUGAUCACUUUGAAAAUACUAUUUCUAGGCUGAUGGGCUUGCUCACAAUUUCCCUACUUCUUUUCUCUGUAUUAUCUGUUUUCUAAGAAUUCUCAGAGGUAUUCUCAGUCCUUUACACUUAAUAUUCUCCAUUUACAUCUUUAGUUCAUUGUGGCCAAGGCAUCAAUAAAUGAGAAGUAAAAACAACUAUGUGUCUGUACUUACUAUUCUAUCUUAAAUUAUAUUCUUAGUUACCUUCAGUUGCAAAAUUGGUGAAGGAGUUAAUAAUAUAGGUAAAAAUGUCAGUGAGUCCACUUCAGCAAGCAUUUACCUAAUACCUGCAAUGUAAAUACAGGUAAGUGGUAGGGAUAGUUAUUUAUUUAUAAGACAUUCCCCUAGGGAGUUCACAAUCUAAGUAGGAGAAGAAACACUGGAAAGUGGCAUCAUACAAUAAGUUCAGUAACUGAUGUGAACAGGGGCUCAAAGAAAUAGGUUUUAGAGAGUAAUGCUUGGAUUGCAGUGUGGUUGAAGAUGGAGUAGAGAGAAGAGGGAGCUUGGCAUUUCCUAACAAAAUGAGUGCAAAUUGUAAGCAAUCUGGUGUUGCUACUCUCAUAUAUAAGGCAGGAAGAUGUAAGAAUCAUGGUUUCCAUUUUAGGUUCUAGGGGUAUAAAGGAGCUCUUGUGUCCCCUAAUGAGGAUCUUGGGCUUUUAUUGGCUUUUGAUUUCAUCUAUAUUAUAAUCCUAAUCUACCGUUUUAAAAAGAUGAAAAUGCUAUAUUAUUAGAAAAGUUUCAUA